AUGGGCUUCUUCCCGUGGACAACGAAAGGGAAACGACUCAACCCAGCAGCAAACAUUCCGCGCACAGCUACCGCAGAGAGACCGAGUUUCUCAAAUCGGCAAGUCACAGACUGCGCCUAUGUCGAUGGCAUGACUACCAACAUGUCGAGGAAAGGACAGGUGCCUGACUAUGUGGGCAUUGCUCGCGAGACCUGUGAUGAGCCGGAAAUCUACAGAAAGACCAAAAGGCAGGCAGAUAUCCCAAUCGUAGUGUACCGGGUGCAGCCGAACCGAACCGAGAGUCCAGUCGAAAGAGACAGGUAG